AUGGAAUUAAUGGAAUUGGUCGAGAAUGAGCCUACGGCUCGCCCUUUCCAGUGUGAUUGGCAAUCAUGCAACAAGAGCUUUAACCGCAAGUCGGACUUGCAAAGACAUUACCGCAUACACACGAACGAGAGACCUUAUUCUUGCGCAACACCUGGAUGUGGCAAGAGCUUCAUCCAGCGUAGUGCUCUGACAGUCCACAUUCGCACUCAUACUGGAGAGAAACCGCACCAGUGUCAACACAUUGGGUGCGGCAAGCGUUUCUCGGAUUCGUCGAGUCUGGCCCGUCAUAGACGUAUCCAUACCGGGAAACGUCCGUACAAGUGCGCCCACGACGGGUGCCUGAAGAGCUUCUGCCGCAAGACAACCAUGGUCAAGCAUCAAAGGCGCUCCCACCAGCGCGGCAUCCACUCGUCAGAACUGGAUGAUACCUCCGACUCCGAGAGCGGCGAGUCCCCUUCGACACCAAGAAUGUCUGCCAUUCCAUGGCCUCAAGUCAACAUGGGCGGUCAUCCCGGCAUCCAUGGUCACAGCAUCCAGCGUGCUGCCUCCUUCGCCGAUUUUGGGCAGCACAUGAAUGGGUUUCCUGUCCAACAGCCAUACGGACAUCGUCACAGUGUCUCAACAGGCGCUGCACACGAGUUCCACGGACAGCCGGUACAAGAGCAGCCCCAACACCCAGGCGCACACAUGCUUCACCGGACUGCAAGCAUGCCGCAACACUCGUUCUAUGUUACCGAACACAGCAACCCCGGCGUGGCAACAAUGAACACCAACCCGAUGCCAACGUACCAAGUCCCGAGACAACAGGUCGAGAGGCCUCUGAUCGAGAUACCCUACAGCGCGGCCGCACUGACAGGCUCUAUCCAGAGCAGCCCUGGCACCUUCUCACCAGCUUCAGGUCGCAGUCCUUCCGUUCACCAGGAUGGCUUUUACACCCACCAACCGGCGCAAAACGCGACCUUUGCUCUGCACAACACGUCUCCUAUCGAGGCUCAGACUCAACCCAUGGUCCAAUACGCCCAACAGAUGCAGCAGCCAGUACAAGCACCCCAAGCACCUCCGGCCCAGCCAGUCCACCAGGUUCACGAGCAGUACCAGCAACCACAGCCGCAGCAGGAAGAGCAAUGGUAUAAUGGCAUCCCGUAUCAGCCACCGGUUGAGGUUGCCACCAUUGGCCAGCUGCCAUCCUACGGCUCGGGUGGUGUGUACGACCCUUGGGCUAUCAAGCCGGACUUUGAGGACCCAUCUAUGCAACUCCCAAGUGCUAGGCUCGAAAGCAUGUAA